GUCCCAAACCGCGCACUGACGCACUAAGCAGAAGAUCAGAUUAUUAAUCAUACUGUGUACAGCAGCGUGCGGUUUGAGACGCAGCCUAUGUAGGGGGCGUGUCUGGGGAUAAUACGCGGCUGUGUCGUGAAGACAGUGAGUGUACAGUUAGGUGGCCUCGGCGGAGACGCAUCGGGAAGUGAAGCAGUGAGCGGCUAGGGCGCACACGGACACUCGGUCAUGUCUGAUAACGGGAGCACGGUGGCGCGGACCGCUCCGGGCCUCGGCAACAAAGUGACCGUUGUGCUUGGAGCCCAGUGGGGCGAUGAAGGCAAGGGCAAAGUGGUGGACCUCCUGGCCCAGGACGCCGACAUGGUCUGCAGAUGUCAGGGAGGCAACAACGCAGGACACACAGUUGUGGUGGACUCUGUAGAGUAUGACUUUCACCUUUUACCUAGUGGCAUUAUCAAUCCUAAUGUCACAGCCUUUAUUGGUAAUGGCGUUGUGAUUCACAUUCCUGGCCUCUUCGAGGAGGCUGAGAAAAAUGUACGGAAGGGUAAAGGACUGGAGGGCUGGGAGAAGCGUCUUGUCAUUUCAGACCGCGCCCAUAUUGUGUUUGAUUUCCAUCAAGCUGUGGAUGGAGUUCAAGAACAAGAGAGGCAGCAGCAAGCUGGCAAAAAUUUAGGAACAACGAAAAAGGGUAUCGGGCCUGUCUACUCAGCAAAAGCUGCAAGGAGCGGCCUAAGAAUAUGUGACCUUUUGUCUGACUUUGAGCAAUUCUCAGAGAAGUAUAAAAACUUGGCCUCACAGUACAAGUCUAUGUACCCAUCAUUGGAGAUGGAUGUUGAUGGGGAGCUAGAAAAACUGAAGGCAUAUGUGGAACGUAUAAAACCCAUGGUAAAGGAUGGCGUGUUCUUCAUGUACGAGGCUCUACACGGUGCACCUAAAAAGAUACUGGUGGAAGGUGCCAAUGCUGCCCUGCUGGACAUUGACUUUGGAACUUACCCUUUCGUAACCUCGUCCAACUGUACUGUGGGUGGGGUGUGUACGGGCCUGGGCAUGCCACCUCAGAACGUGGGGGAGGUCUAUGGGGUUGUCAAGGCCUACACCACCCGAGUGGGCAUCGGAGCCUUCCCAUCUGAACAGAAUAAUGAAAUUGGAGAGCUGCUUCAGACAAGAGGGAAGGAGGUGGGUGUGACCACAGGCCGCAAAAGGAGAUGCGGUUGGCUAGAUCUGGUGCUUGUCAAAUAUGCGCACAUGAUCAACGGUUUCACUGCCUUGGCUCUAACCAAAUUAGACAUCCUGGACAUCUUCCCCGAAAUCAAAGUUGGUGUGGGUUAUAAGGUGGACAACGAAUUCAUAUCAUAUUUCCCAGCAAAUCAGGAGGUGCUACAUAAGGUCGAGGUCCAGUAUGAGACUUUGCCUGGCUGGAACAGCAACACCUCAGCUGCUAGAACCUUUGAGGAACUUCCUGAGAAUGCACAGAAAUACGUUCGCUUCAUUGAGGAGUACCUUAAGUUGUCUGUGAAAUGGAUCGGUGUUGGCAAGUCAAGAGAGUCAAUGAUCCAGCUGUUUUAAAGGGCUGUUUGGCUGUGUGGUACUAUCCAUGCCCUCUGACUCAGCACAGUGCCCUGUGCCUAUCGGUGGGCUUACCUGAUGGAGUCAGAGAAAGGAUCCAGCCUCUCACCUCUCCACUCACUGCAGUUUCUCAUUAAACAACAACAACAUGGAUUCUUUCUUCUUCUCUAUAUGAUACUUUACUCAAGAACUAUCUCAUAAUUUUCAUCAUUUUCUUUGGAGGUCACCAUUUUUGGAGGAGACCAUUGUGGAAAGCCCUUUGGUCUUUAGGGAACAAAAUCUUUAACCUCUCCCAAUCACCUGUCGAUCAUUUUCGAGUAGGAUUUAUCUAUGCCUAUGGGUCUCCUGUGUCUUUUGUUUUUGGUGUCAAGUUUUCUUUUAAUGAGUUUUUAGAGCAGCAUCACAUCGUUCAGUUGAACAUAUAUGCAGACUGAGUGGUUAAUAUAGCUUCUGAAGCUAAAUGUAGGCCCUGAUUUAUUUAAUUACUAUAAUUCAUUUAUUCCUAGAUUACAAAACAACUAAACUUUGAUUAGUUUUAACAGAGGUUUGAACAUUUUCUUAACCAAAUGCCGAGUAGUUUAAGAGUUAUUUUAUUGUGCCACUGGACCGUUAGCAGUAUUUCAGUUUGGCCUCAAUUUUGCUUCCCCCAACUUGAGUGUCUUUGACAUGGAUAUAGCCCUUUUCCAUUAUUCCCGUUCAGGUUCCUAUGUAAAUGACACAUUUCUGUGUGAAACACUAUUUCUCACUGUUCACAUAUAGUCGAUAGACCAUACAUCCUAUUUGUCUUUGCACUGAUGUGUACUUACUGCCCAAGUAUUUAAUUUGAAGUUAGCCACCAUAAUCAAUCAUAAUAACACACACACACACACACACACACACACACAUUAUACAAAAAGUUGUUCAGUAGUAGUGAUCAUUUUUGUUCACUUUUUCAAGUAUAUGUUAAAAGGUGUGAUAUUAACAUUUACCCAUUUGUGGAAAUUGUAAGCAUGGAAAUGUAAACCUAUUUACUUAUUUCUAACUUUAAGCUUGUAGUGUUGCAUUUAUACCACAACACAGACAGGUUUGUCAGUUAGUUGGCACUUCAUUCAUGUCUUGAAUGUAUUUUUAAUAUUGAAACACACUUAGUUCAACUCUCAGGAUUUUCUGGUCGUCACAACUGUAUAUUUUCAUUCUAAUCUGUAGAUUGUUGAAUGGUUUGACUGCUUGUGUCUUUUCUCUUUUUGGGGUUUGAGUAAAUAUUUAACAUAUUGUGCCAUUAUUCUUCACUCUACAAACUACAUGUUUUUGGUUUUUUUGUUGUUGUUACUGCUGGUUUUUAUUUUAUUUUAUUUAUUUUUUUGCCAAAAUGUAGCAAUACCACAUAGCAUAACUCUUAAUCAGCCCAUGAGUUUUACAUUUUAAUUUAAUUUAGCCCCACAUCUUUUUGAAUACAAGGAGUAGAAAAGCCUUUUGGAGAAAAAAAAGACUCUUCUGGUCAGUAUUGUAAUUGAUUACACGUUCAGACACCAUGUAAUGUUGGAAAAUUAGAGGUUGAUUAAGAUUAUGGCCAGUAAAAAAUUUUGGAUAACACUUCCUAUGCAACUUGUUUUUAUAAUACAGUAAAUGUAUUCUCAGUAUCAUGUAUGCCAUUGUGUAAGACAUUGCAAUUUUUCAGAAAUAUAUUAACUUGCUCCUUAAGAGCGCAUCUGCAAAAGCAUGAAAUGGCUGGGUGUCCAGGAGAGCAUAAUUGGGCCUGCUCAUAAUUGGGUGGGUAUACAACAUGUUCUAGAUGCGUUUGCAGUGUAUUAUGGAUACAAACUUUUAGGAAGUGUUAUUGAAUUGUUGCAUUAUUUAUUUAUUUAUUUAUUUUAAUUUGUUUUGUUUUUUUUCUUCCCCAAAUCCCUCUUAUAUCAUAUUGGGCUGCAAUUGGACAUAUUCAUGGAACUGAAUGUUUCAUCAUUUUUACUGCUCAUCCCAGUAAGUUUAUAGGUGCUCACUGUAGAUUAUCCCUUUAAAUUAACUUUAAUUCACUGUAAUUUAAAUCUCUUGGUCUCAUUAUGAAUCUAGAAAUAAUAGCUCCUAUUGUAGCUUUCUCUUUCUCUCUCUAUCAUAUUUAUUUAUAUGCACUGAUAUGCAUCCUUCACACUGCCUUCAUCAGUGAAGAAAGUGUGCCUUGACAAUAAGUUCUUUCAAGUCGGAACCAGGUACAAAAAUAUGUGAAUGGUUAGAAAUUGAAAUCUACAAGUUCAGAUAUAGAGUAUUUACCAAUAUAAUAUUUUAAUACACACACUUAGACGUUUUAUAUAUCUAUAUAUAAUGAUUUAAAUCCUCUUAGAAUCUUUGGAUGCUUGUAAAGUUCAGUGUUUCCCUUAACAGCAACAUUUUUUUUUUUUUUACAUGGCCAAGGGCAUUAAUAAUUAAUUAAUUAAUCACUUGCCAACUGUGUGCAUGGUGUAGGCUUUUACUCUCUAGAGGCAUUUCUUCUUGCUCUAUUAUUGUUAGUUGGAAAUAGAAAGCCCUAUUCUCCUGUCUCUAGUAUAGUCCUUGGCUGCUAAAGUGAUUUCCCUUUUUUUGUAUUGUUCCCUAAUACUUCUCAUUGCUUAUUCUGAUCAUUCAGCUAAAGUGCGAAAAACAGGACUGUCAGAACACAAACCACUUUGCUAAGCUUUAAUUUAAUUACACUCUUUUUGUGCCGAUGACUGCAUGUUUGCACAACCAUACACUGACCUCUGUUUUUCAAAUGAUUUCUCUUGAAUUUUCUACUGUAUUGCUGCUGUUUGGUCGAUCUUUAAUAUAUGUAUAUCCUGAAUGCAGAGCCAUAUACCAUUGGUCUUAUUGUCUGUGAAGGGUGGUGUUAUAUGCUUAGCUGUGGAAGAUGGUGAAUACCAGUAGGGGUGCAUGUUUUACUGGUGUAAUUUGUACAAUACAGAUCCCAAUCUUUGUAGAUAAACCAAGAUUAAACUUUCACAAAAGACAGUUACAAAAAUAUCACAGUCAAUAAAUAUGUAAGAAAUUAUUAUGAGUCUUUGCGCAUUAACGUAACAAAAUAUAAUGUGAUCCUGUGUAAAUGUACACUAUAUAGCCAAGUUUGUGGACACCUGACCAUCACACCCAUAUGUGGGCCUUCUCCAAAUUGUUGACACCAUGCUGGAAGCAUACACUUGUCUAGAAUGUGCUGGUAUGCUUAAUGCUUAGUAGCAUUAAGAUUUUCCUUCACUGGAACGAAGAGGCCCAAAUGUGUUCCAGCAUGACGAUGUCCCUGUGCACAAAGUAAGAUCCAUGGAGACAUGGUUUGCCAAGGUUGGAGUGGAAGAACUCGAGUGGACUGCACAGAGCCCUGACCUCAACCCCACUGAACACCUUUGGGAUGAACUGGAAUUCUGACUCUCUUUGCCAGGCCUUCUCACUCAACAUUAGAGCUUGACUUCACUAAUGCUCAUGUGACUGAAUGGACACAUAGCCACGCUCCAAAAUUGAGUGGAAAGCUUUCCCAGAAGAGUGGUGGUUAUUAUAAUAGCAAAGGGGACUAACUCUAUAACAGGAUGUUCAGAAAGCUGAUGUGAUGGUCAGGAAUCCACAAACCUUUGGCCAUAUAAUGUAUGAUUUUAAUUAAUUUUAAAUUGUAAAAGGUAAAGUUUACAACAGUGAUACCACUAUAUACGAGUUCAGCAGAAAAUGAUGUAUAAUGCUUGUUAUGUGAUAACUGACAGUGAAAUUGAGAAUCACCUAGUAACCUACUUGUGCACGGGUGCAUGCAUGCUGAGACCUUCAACAAAGUCAAGGUCUCAAAGUGACCGUAUGAUGUACUAUUUGAUAUUAAUACAAUUGUCAUACAGCCAACAUUCCCUGGAACGUGCUCUGAGUUCCUGUUCUGAAUGACGAUGAGUGUCACUGGUGGUUAUACACAACUAUACACCUACCAGUCACUUUAUUAGGAACACUUGUACACCUACUCAUUCAUGAAAUGAUCUAAUCUGCCAAUUGUGUGGCAGCAGAAUGUUCACAUCAACCAUCAGAAUGGGGGAAUAUGUUAAACCAGUGAUUUUGACCGUGU